AUGGGGCGGAAGAAGAUCGUAAUCCGGCGCAUCGAGAACAAGGCUGCACGGGACAUCUGCUUCUCCAAGCGCCGGCAGGGGCUGUUUCGCAAGGCGAACGAACUGGCCGUCAUGUGCGGCGCCCAGCUCGGUGGCACCAGCGCCGACGGCGGGAUGGAGGAGCUAAUGACGGUGAUCGCAGGCUUCGGUGGGCUUGAGCUGGAUGGCACUAGCCUGAAUGGAGGGAUGGACCAGAUGGUCACGGUGAUGCCAACGCCGGGGUUCGUAGGCGGAGUGGGGUGUGAGCCAGAUCCUUGGUUUGAGCUCGGUGGCACCAGCGCCAGCGGCCGGAUGGAUGACGUGAUGACGGCGGUCGCCGGCGGCGCUGGGUUUGAGCUGGGUGGCAUCAGCGUGAAUGGAGGGACGGAGCAUUCACCAGCGUGGGUUUGA